CCAAAAACCAUACAUCGUUUUCGUCAUCCUCGAUUACUGGGCCAUGCCAGACGAAAAGCAACGACAGAGCCUACUUCGUUGAUUGCUUCCAGAUCCUUAGCAAGCAUGUCGACACAAGCCACGAUGGAGGGGCCAUCGUUCCAACCCAUCGAGAUGUCGUUUCCUUUACCCAAACAUCCACAUCUCAAUUUCCACGCUCACAUGUCUUGCUUGGGCAACUGUGUCAUGAUUCACCUGACCACCACCGAUCUCGAUCAGUCACACACCUCCGUGCCGCCACUGGGAAGUUUUGUAUAUGCAAUGCCCCAUUUGAGACAUGACAGCACUGCGAUCAGCACUCCCCUGAUUACGUCUGGCUCUAGCAUAGACUACGCUACGAGAAUGGCAAAGAUUCUCGCAAGGAGAAUGAGACAGCCCGUCUACGUUGGCUGUAGCAUGAACUUCGCUGGCACCACUGCAGAAGAAGAAAUGGAAGGCUUGACGGUUGCCGUGACCGAAAUCAUGCGCCAAUGGAACGAGAGAAAGUCUUGAUGUAGUUUUCAGGUCAUCAAUAUAUAGUCUGGAGGAUUUCUGGUUGCCGCGUUCUCGAAAUGGCAACAAAGUCAGGGAUACCAAUGCUGUAGUCAAUGACAAACAAAUCGG